AUGGUGAGGAACAUCGAUGACUUCGAUUUUUGCCUUCCAUCCCACCCCCAGUCUAUUCUGGAAGGACUUCAGACCCUUCGCUCCAAUCCCAAACUCUCAGAUGUCACCUUGAUAGUUGAGGGACAUGAAUUCCCCUGCCACCGCAGUAUCCUGGCCCUCUGCAGCCACUAUUUCAAUGCCAUGUUUGCUGGUGACUUCUUGGAAAGCAUUUCAGCUCGUGUAGAGAUCAAAGAGGUGGAUCCAGCCAUUAUGGAGACCUUGAUUGACUUUGCUUACACAGGGAAGGUGACCAUCAACCAAGGGAAUGUGGAAGCCUUAAUUCGGACAUCCAACCAACUCCACUUCCCUGUCCUCCGGAAAGUCUGCAGUCGGUACCUGAGGCAGCAGAUGGAUGCAACCAACUGUUUGGGCAUUUGUGAAUUUGGGGAGCUGCAUGGCUGCCCAGAAGUGUCAUCCAAGGCCUGGUCAUUUCUGCAGGAGAAUUUUGAACUUGUGUCUCAACAAGAGGAGUUCCUGCAGCUAUCCAAAGAGAGGCUGGUUAUCUACCUGUCCAACAACUUGCUCCAAGUACAAGAAGAGCAGAGUCUAGUUGAGGCUGUGCUGAGGUGGGUGAAGUAUGAAAAGUCUGCUAGAGCCACGCACCUGCCAGAACUCCUUGAUCUAGUGCAUCUGGUUUCAUUGCCAGAUCAGUACCUGCAGAACCUCUUGUCAUCAGAACCACUGAUUCAAGAAUCGGAGGCUUGCAAGACCAUCAUCACUAGACAUCGUAGCACGGUCAGUUCUUGGAGGCACCACAGUACCCUGAUUAAGCCCCAAAGCUAGAAAAGGGGUGCUGUGAUCCAAUAGCUAUAGGUGUCCUUAACUGCAGUGCCUAGAAUCUGUUCAUCUUGGUAUGCCAACUUCUUGUUUGAGAUAAGUUUUCAUUUCUUAAUUAGCUAUGAACUGUCACCUUUGAUUGGCAGUGGAAGAGUUCCUGACCUUUUUCCACUAGUUCCCCUCUUUCUUCUCCUCUCCCCGCCUGCCCAUCCAUCACUAAGUCCAUUGACUCAGGAGGAGCAAGGGUGUAUGUGCAUGCAGUUUUCCUAGAGAUGCCACUGUGAGAAGCAAUGACUGACUUCUUGGUGUACGUGAUUAUGGUUAUGUCUUUCCCAAAGACAGUUAUAAUUGGAUCAUUACCAAAAAGGAUAGUUUAUUUAGAUGAGCCUAUCUGAAUUAAAAAGGGAAUAUGUGCCCCAAAGCCUGAAUUUAAAGUGAUCACAAUUCCAGAGAAACACACUUUGUUCUAGCGCUUAUAUUUUAAGAAGGUUUAAAGUAUGGUCCAGGUGUUCCUAAAUCAGUGCAUCCAAAUUAGUCUAAAAAACAGUGGGAAGUGGCAACAACCAUCUGUGAGGAAAGCAGCUAGAAGUCCCUGCCAUGGUCUAGCAUUUGCAGUGAAGUAUCCCAGAGUUUUAUUUGGGAAUUUUGCUUUACUGAAUUACAUCAUACAAGGUCAUUGUAUAAAGUGUUGGAGAAAGGGGAGAGGUGUUGGGCUUCCAGAAUCAUUGGGGUUUUUUUUCCUUGUCUCAGUUGGAGAACAGGCCAUUUGUCCAGCAGAGACUGAAGGCCCUGCCACAAAAGCUUGAGGAGGUUCUAGUGGUGGUGGGAGGCAGAGCUCUGGAAGAGAAUGAAGAAGAUGAACAGCAACCACUAAUCUCCAGGAAUUUUGCCUUUUAUAACACUAAGACUAGUAAGUACCUGUCCCCAAACAAUGCCAGAACUGCGCACUCCAGCUCAGAGCAUCUUUGCGUCAGGGAGCAACUAGGCUCACGGUGCUAGGCACUGCAAGGGAUGGCAACAACUGAACGGGUGUAGCAUUUAGAGGUAGGGGAAAUAAAGUCUUCACCUUGGUACCUGUUGCUAUCAUCUUUAUGAUUUGGCCUUUACAGGGUAGAUCAUGCUUGAUGGUGCCACUCUGUAGUGUUUUGGGGAAAUGCAUGUUUCCAGACCCUUGGAGGUGGGUGGGUGGAAAAGAUGAGACCUGAAUCCCUCAGAAACAAGACAGAGAACCAAUUAUUGCAGAAUAACCAGAAUAUGAAUACAGAGGGCCUAGUAUACUACAGCUCCCAUCAACCCCAGCAAGCACAACCAAUGGUCAGGGGUGAUGGAACCGGUAUUGCAACAAAAUCCAGAGGUCCUGCCAGUUAUCUCAUUGAUUUUGUGUACACCAGUCAGGUUGUUUUAGCUCUUAGCGAGCAGUUUGGUAGAAUAUUACACGUGCUGUUGUCUUUCUAUCACAGCCCCCCCCCAAAAAAAACUACGAUGGGCUGGAAGUUUAACUUCAUUUGCUCCUUUUGCUUUCUCUUCCUUUACGGAAUUCCUCUGGAAUCAACAAUAAAACCUCUCACCCUUCCUCCACAGAGUGGUUCCACUCUUUUAUUGUUAUUUAUUUAUUUGGCGAUUAUCCAGUUCUUAGAUUUGCCUUUAUCUAUUUGCUGUUAAGUGAAAAAGUUUGAAAAAUAUAGGUACCAUAUUUUUCGCUCUAUAAGACGCACCAGACCACAAGACACACCUAGUUUUUGGAGGAGGAAAACAACAAAAAAACUAUUCUGAAUCUCAGAAGCCAGAACAGCAAGAGGGAUCGCUGCACAGUGAAAGUAGCAAUCCCUCUUGCUGUUCUGGCUUCUGGGAUAGCUGUGCAGCCUGCAUUCGCUCCAAAAGAUGCACACACAUUUCCCCUUACUUUUUAGGAGGGAAAAAGUGAGUCUUAUAGAGGAAAAAAUACGGUAUAUAAACAUUUAACAUUUAGACUUGCCAUCUCAAAACACCUAACGUUAUCCAAACCCACUUUCUGUAGCAGAAACACUGUUGAGGCCAGAAGCAACCAUGCCUUGGACUUCGACCUAGAAUAAUGCAGGCACCGACAAACAAGGCUUUCAGUAUGAUGUAAUGCUCUGUGCUCUUUUGGCGUUGGUGCCUGCUGAGCAGCUGCAUUCAUCUCAGGCCAGUGUUGACGUUGGAAGCUGUCGGGCAGGCCUGCAAAUGCAGUGCAUUGGGUAGAAAAACUAAUUUGGAGAAGAGGACCUUUCUCAUCGUUGGCAUUAUCUACGCAAUAUGAUGCAAUCGGAAUGUAUUCUGAUAACACUGUGAACAAUGAAGCAGAUAAUGACCAUAGAUAAUUACCUUCAAACACACGUAGGUUUGAAUAGGACUGUUUCAAUAUGGAAAAGUUCCAUGGAAAAGAAGUGCAUUUGGUCUAAUCAUAUCACUGUCAUGGGUCAUGGUCUUGAUUUAAGGUAGUACUAUGGAGUGAUGGAACUCAUAGGGACCAAAAUCUCUUCACCCGAGAGUAGUAAAGAGUCUCAGAAAAACUAGAGCGUUUACUGGUUAUACUGGUUACCUGGUUAUAACACUUUGAGGGCCGCUUACAUAUUUGGUUCUAUUAUUUCAGAAAGAUGGAACGCUCUACCUGAUUUUCCAGACUACAAUAAAUGGGGUUUUUCUGUGAUUGCUCUAAAUAAUGAUGUUUAUGUCACAGGUAAGGACAGUGCUCUCUCCAAGUCUAUGUUGUUACUAAGCUUUUGAACCUUUUUGGCGUGUUCCCAUACUAAGACAUUCUGCUGAGAUCUUGGGAGGAUGGAUUUAGUUGUUUGGGGUGUGUUCUGGUCUAAAACAGAUAAUUUAAAUCAGGGCAGUCAGAUUGCAUAGUCAUCUAAUAAAAUGUAAACUGAACCACAGUCCACCAUUUUGAGUCAUAUUUUGCUCACCAAUUCCACAAGAUUUUCAAGAGAACCAGAACUCCUAGCAAAAAUAUCGUGAGGGUGUAUAAUAAUGUAUUAAGCGAUAAUAUUGAAGUGCUUUAAACUGGUACAAAAGUGGCUACUAGGACUCUGUGUGAGUAUGAUGGCUAUUUCUGUUUUCAGGUGGCUCCAGAGGAUCACGGAAUGACACAUGGUCAACAACUCAGUCCUGGUGCUUCUGCCUCAAGGAUGGUGCCUGGAAGCCCAUUGCACCAAUGCUGAAGCCACGAACCAACCAUGCCAGUGCUGUCCUCAACGGAGAGAUCUAUGCCAUUGGUGGUAGGGAAUGAGAUCUGUAACGUGGGGGACUCUUGCUUUACGUGCAUGGGAACAACAGGCACUAACAAGGAUGAGGCCGGUUUAGUUUGGACAAUAUCAUAAUGUGCCCUCUGGCAAUUCCAAGUCCCUAUACUACAGCUUGAGCAGAAGAGCCUGCCUUUGUAGGACUGAAUUUCAUACAGAAAGUUGUGUCUAAUUCACUUAUAUUCAGAGGACUUGGAUUCUUAAGAGCCAGUGUGGUGUAGUGGUUAAGAGCAGUAGACUUGUAAUCUGGUGAACCGGGUUCGCUUCCCCGCUCCUCCACAUGUAGCUGCUGGGUGACCUUGGGCUAGUCACACUUCUCUGAAGUCUCUCAGCCUCACUCACCUCACAGAGUGUUUGUUGUGGUGGAGGAAGGGAAAGGAGAAUGUUAGCCGCUUUGAGACUCCUUUGGGUAAUGAUAAAGCGGGUAUCAAAUCCAAACUCCUCCUCUUCUUCUUCUUCUUCUUCUUCUUCUUCUUCUUCUUCUUAAGUCCAUCAAUUUCAUUGGUGUACUGUGACUAUGAUUUAGUUGGAGACACAACCCAGACCCUACAUAUUAGACUCGUGGGUUAUUUUAGCACUAGUGUUGCUCAGUGCAAAUAUCUGUAGGCCUCAACUGUGCUCAAACCUCCUUUCCCCCCCCUUCUCACAUUGUCUGUAGGCACCGCGGUGGACGUUGUGGAGGUGGAGUGUUAUGAUCCUUAUAAUGACAGCUGGUGCUUUGUGAGCCCUGCCUUGAAGUACGUCAGCAACUUCACCAUCGCCGGGUGUCUUGGGAAGUUGUACCUCAUUGGCUCUUGUGCUGUCAAAUACAACGCAUUAACGCUGCAGUGUUACAACCCUGCAAUAGGUAAGAAGGAACAGAGGGGAAUGUGUAUGAAUGGCUUUUCCGCUCCUCCACAUGUAGCGGCUGGGUGACCUUGGGCUAGUCACACUUCUUUGAAGUCUCUCAGCCCCACUCACCUCACAGAGUGUUUGUUGUGGGGGAGGAAGGGAAAGGAGAUUGUUAGCCGCUUUGAGACUCCUUAGGGUAGUGAUAAAGCGGGAUAUCAAAUCCAAACUCUUCAGGCCAUGGGCUCACAGAGCAGACAAGGGGGGUGGAGCAGGUGCAAAACCAGAAUCCUUUCUAUUCAGCAAACUUGGAAAUUGGCCCUGUGGCAGGGGCUUUGCUAGGUACUUAAAAGACCUGGGGCAUAGACCCAUGACACAGAGUUGCCUCUGCAAAAAUCAAAAUGGCAGAUGUCGGGUCUCACUGGCAUUGUGCUUUGUAACAUGUCCAGCCACCCUGUUUGCAGGGUGUGUGCGGUUGAAAAUGGGGGGGGGGGAGAUCCAGGGCCCAGGGCAAAAAGGAAUAGGGGAGAAAUUUGGUUUGGUUCAUACUUAAAAGCAAACUUACUUUAUUUGUACUUCCUGAAACAAUUUGCAAACCGAAACGCAACUAUCUUUUGAAAUUCGCACCUCUCCUAAUUUCACAAUGCAGUUCCCUAGCCAAUAAAUGUGCAUGAAAAUGCAUUUACUAGGAUAAAAUGAGCAUAUAGUUACAUAUAUUGGAGAAAAUAAAUACAAAAACACCUUGCAUUAGGCAAAAUUGCUUGUAAAAAUGUGUAUUAGACAAAAUUGCAUGAAGAUGUAUAUUUAAGGAGAAUUUCAUACAAAAAUGCUGAUUUUUUUUAAUGGGGACUUUUUAUAUUUUAAAAAGUUCAUACCGAUGAGGAAAUGUGAUGAAUCAAACUUAAGAUUGGAAAAAUGAGAGGAAAUGAAAGAAAUGAAAUUGAUGUGAAACUGAAUUUGCCCAUUCCUACUUUUGCCCAUUACCUCCCUUCCCAUGCCCAGCAAUGCCCCCUGCUCUGGUUUAGUUCUAAAUUCCUUGUGAAAAUGUUUUUGUCAUCAUUAGUACUGAAACUGAAGCCAUUACUUCCUACCACAUGUCCUUAGAAAAAUAUACAAAACUUGCAAAAUGCUUUUCAUGAUAAAGGGUGGGAUGUGUGUUGAGGGACACAUUACUUUUCCCCUCCUUCCCAUUGGAUUAAAUAAAUAUAAACCUGGCAUGUUGUUGAUUUGCAGGAGAGGCCCUUUUGAGAACGCCAUGACUUACAGAGGCUCACUUAAUGUGCAUGAGGGAUGUAUUUUGUGUUGCUAGCAGAUUGUGAAAUGCGCCCUCUUCAGAGCUACGAUAGUCCCCACUCUGUUUCUAGAAACAGUGCCAAGAAGACACAUACUUUUAAUUUGACCUUUUAGAUUGCUUUUAGUACCGUGGUUGCUUGCAAUGUUUUAAACGAAGCUUUAUUGUUUUAAGGUUUUUAUGAUUAUGAUGUUGUUUUCAUUGGUUUGGUUUGCUUAGUUUGUUUUAUUGUUUUGAGUUUUGUUCUCCUUGCAGCUGAGCCACCCCUACCUAAGUGUAGUGCUUUAUUUUUCCAUUUCUGAGUGAAUGCCAACCGUGUUUUCUCCCAUUUAAGGGUAAAGGUGUGCAUUCACGCACACCUGUGAAGCGGGGCCUACAUCUGCUGCCAGCCUCUGGUGAUGACAGCCCUUGCGAAUCAUUCUUCCCCCAUCCACAGAAUAGCCCCAUCUUUCUUUCUGUUUCUUGGCCAUGCCAAAGUGUUGUGGAAUGUGGGCAGCUCAGUUUUAUGUAUGCAAAUAUGAACUGUGGGCUUGCUGUUAAUUGCCUGCGGCCCAUUUGACCUGUUUGAACCCUGAUGCUGCUUUGGCAUGGCUUUUUAUUUCAAUUCAUCUUAUGUCCCAAAAGCUAAUUUAUAUGGGGCGGAGGGAGAAGUUGUUAAUGGGGUGUGACUUCCUGCACUGGCUCGCAGCCCAGAGUAUCUUCCGGCAGCUAAUGCUAGACUUCAUUAGUGUCUUUCUGCUGGGGACACAGCCUACUCCAGUUUCUGGAGUUGCUCCUAGUGCUCCUUGAUCCAGCUGCCUAUACAGUGGUACCUCGGGUUAAGAACUUAAUUUGUUCUGCAGGUCCGUUCUUAACCUGAAACUGUUCUUAACCUGAGACACCACUUUAGCUAAUGGGGCCUCCCACUGCCGCCGCUGCACGAUUUCUGUUCUCAUCCUGAAGCAAAGUUCUUAACCUGAGGUACUAUUUCUGGGUUAGCGGAGUCUGUAACCUGAAGCGUCUGUAACCCGAGGUACCACUGUACUUAGAUGUGCAAGUGAUCUAUUUGCCACAUCUUUUAGAAAAACUCUCAGCUAGCAUCAAUUUGCUUCAUGUAAUCAGGAAAGGUAUUUGGUACGAUGUGACUCAGGUUUAGUUGUGGGGGCCAUGUGGCAAACUGCAGCACCUUCCAUUUUUGUCUCAUGAUGUUAUGCUAUAUAGGAAGGACGUUGUUCAUCCGUUUGCCAUGUCACCUCCCACCCACAAGCUCCAUCUCAGGAUGUUACACAGCAAACACUAAUAGUGCUUUGGUAUUCUUGAGACCUUUGACACUUUUAAAUGUGGCUUUUACUCAUGGUCUCUUACACUGUUACCUGCCAGAAGACCUCGUAUACUCCUUUGGCUAUUAACACAGAAGGGCUGUAGCUCAGUGGUAGGGCUUCUGCUAUGCCUGCAGAAGACUCCAGGUUCCAUCCCUGCCACCUUCAGGUAGGGGAAUGCCCCCCUGCCAGAAACCCUUGAGGGCCACUGCCAGCCAGUGUACGCAAUACUGAGCUAGUCGGACCAAUGGUCUGACUCAGUAGAAGGCCAGUUCCUGUGAACCUAUGCAGACGUUGUUUUCCUGUGAUUCUGUUGCUUCCCAGCCCAGUAAAGGCAGCGGUGAUGACGGGAAUGAUGUGAUCAAAAGUAGGACAAAGUGUGUUGAAAACUCACAUAAACACACAUGUCUAUUGCAGCCAGGCUGAAAUCAGGACAGGCUGCUUUCACUGACGCUGGUUUUACACGUAAACAAUCCUGACCUUUGCAGGACUGAUCUAGGGCAGUCUCUUGUGACAAUCUGCCCCUGCUCCAUUUCUUGUCCAUCUUCCUUUUUAGCUUCACCCCCUGAGAUUCAUAUGUCAUUCUAAUAUAGAAUGUUCUUAAUAUAUAAAAUUAUUAUUAUUAUUAUUAUUAUUAUUAUUAUUAUUACUACUACUACUACUACUACUACUAUUACUAUUAUUGUUAUCUUCUAGAUGUUUGGAGUGUAAUUGCAUCCCCUUUCAUCCCCAAAUACCUCUCUGCUCCUCGAUGUGCCUCUCUGCAUGGAGUCAUCUACCUUAUUGGCGACAACACAAAGAAAGUCUAUGUGUAUGAUCCAGAUGCUAAUAUAUGGCAGAAGGUGGGUAAGGGAGUCGUGGCAUUAAUGUUCUUUCACCACUAUGUUUCCAGGGAAGGUCUGUGGCUGUAGCACCCAUAGAAGUAGAUUUCUGUGGCCUAUAGGUUUGUUAUGGGGAGGGGGCGUUUUAAAAUGCCGUAUUUCUUUUCCCUGCUUUUUCCCCCUUGACACUUUUCCAGAAUGCGUAACACAAAGUAAUAUGUGAACAAUGCCUGAAGGAUGAGUGUCUAUGUUCCAGCAUGGCAGGAAGCCUAUUCCUUGAGUGAGGAUACCCCUGGUAGCAAGCACAGCAUGGCCUGUUCCUCCAGCCUGUUUGGCUUCAGUGAAGAUGUGUGUAAUGUUGUUGGAGGGUUGGUUUACGCAGCGUCAUUCUCAAACCCUGCGGCAGCUGUUCGCAUGGCGUCAGUGCUCAGCUGACUGUGUAGCGCCCACUCCAGUCCUCAGGACAGGUGCAAAGAAUGCCCUGCCAGUCUCUCCAUCUCCGUAGAUCUAUGAAUAAUGGUUAGUGCCGUCAGUUUCCGGCCAUCCAUUGGUUAUGCUCUUGACGGCGGCCUCUUUAACACUUUCAUGGCAACAUCUUGUCAUCAAGCAGUUUCUCAGCAAGCGUUUUGCCUGGUUGGACCCAAGAACUAUUCCUCUGCUACUUCGCCCUGUGAUCUUUUCAUGGUGUUCUGCAGGAGAGGUUGACAGAAGUUAGGACAAACAAGAAUAUAGCCCAGCCUUGUUAAUAGUGUAACUACAUACAGUUGGGGGGGGGGGAGGGAGACAGAGGAUAAAGGAGAGGGGUGACUUUUACAAUUCAAAGGACUACACCACUGGUGGCCAGUCUUUUCGGCAGGUGUAAGUUCGCAGUAUAGCAGGGGCAUUCCCUCUGUGCUUCUUUUCUACUGAGCUGGGAAGCAGACAGCAACGUAGUAUUAAAGAAAUCAGCUGGCGUGCAGCCCUGACCUUAUGCCACAGGCUCAGGGGUCAGCCUGCCACAAACGCCUGCUGCAUCUACCACUUCUGGCAUAUGCGCCCUACUAGAUUGGACAUUUAUUGCUAUGCCAUAUCAGGGAUGGCAUGUCUAUACAUGCCUAUACAUAGGCAAUGAGACAAGGUGAAUUCAAGUAUAUGUAGCAUUUCGGAUUUGCUUGGCUUAGUAGACAGAAAUAAGUACAGUAAAUGUGUCAAAAAUGUAUAGUUAAAGUGUGCUUAAAAAUGCAUACAUUCAAGAAAAUAGGCAUUCUAUUAGGGGAAAUUGCUUUGUAAAAAUGUGUAUAUUAGGCAAAUUUGCUUACAAAAAUGUGAACAUUACAAGAAAAGUACACUAAAGUGCUGAAGAAUUUCCAUGAUGUCUUAAAAAUAAUAAUCUGCAAACUGAAUUUCAGAGUGGAAAAACAGAGAAACUGAAAUCAAUCAGUUCAUCCAUCUCUAAUCCUGCAAUACUGUACGCACUUACCUAGGAGUCAGUCCCACUGAAUUUAAUGGGACUUGCUUCUGGAUAGACAUGCAUAGAAUUGCACUGCUAAUGUCUUUGGAAUUAGAGCUCUUAACUGAAUAACAUUGUUAACAUACAAAUAAAGAUAUCCUGCAUUCAUGUAAUUGUAGAUAUGUUACUUGCUGCCAUUGCAAAAAGCCUCAUCCUCCAAUCUGAGGAUGGUUCACAUGCUCCUCCAUCACACACGUACGGCCCAUGUGAAGUACGGGCUACUAUAAUCAAACUUUUUGCAUCCCACAUUUCAAGAGAUGCAAAAAGGACCCCAUUUGGACUUUUCUGAUGAACAAGGUAUCUAAGGCUAGUGUGUACCAAAUCAAGCUUUUUUACCUCUUAUUGAAAUACCCAGACAACAACUUAAUAACUCUGUUAAGGAAAGGGUAAGAGACCCCCCCCCGGGGUUUGAUGAUAUUAACUUGUACUAUAUAUUCCAGCCACUGGAUGGCAGCACAAACCCCAAUCAUAUGAUUCCAUCAAGGAACUAGGUGCAAACUGUAUGUUGCCAAUCUACUGUCUUAUUUACAGCGGUUUCCGCUGUGGUUGUUGUAUAUGAUUUGCCACAUAAACACAGAUCCAAAUCAUGUCCACUCUGUUUGCAGGUGCAACAGCUUCACACCCUCCAUGAAAACGGAGGGAUGGUACCUCUUGGAGGAAAACUCUUUGUCACCGGAGGAUACUGGAAGGGCAUGGAUGGUGACUAUCAGGUGGAGAUGGAAAUUUAUGACUGCACUAAGGAUGUCUGGAGAAGGGAAGGAGCCCUCCCCUGCUUAUGGCUCUACCACAGCUCCUCCUCUAUCUUCAUGGAUACUUCAAGGUGGAGGAACCUUUCCUAG